AUGAGGUCCCGGUGGCGUGCGUCUCCGUGGCGACGGCUGCCCCCCCCCUGCCCCUGGCUGCUGCUGCUGCUGCUGCUGGUCCUGCUGCCCCCCCCCUCCCUGGCCCACCAGCGCACCGUGUCCCACUCCAUCAAGAUAGAGGGCGACAUCACGCUGGGGGGGCUCUUCCCCGUCCACUCCAAGGGGCCGGCGGGGGUCACCUGCGGCGACAUCAAGAAGGAGAAGGGCAUCCACCGGCUGGAGGCCAUGCUGUACGCGCUCGACCAGAUCAACAGUGACCCCGACCUGCUGCCCAACAUCACACUAGGGGCCCGCAUACUGGACACCUGCUCCAGGGACACCUAUGCGCUGGAGCAGUCUCUGUCGUUCGUGCAGGCGCUGAUCAGCUCGGACAGCUCUGACGUGCGCUGCUCUAACGGGGAGCCGCCGCUGAUCCCCAAACCGGACCAGAUCGUGGGGGUCAUCGGAGCGUCCGGCAGCUCCGUCUCCAUCAUGGUGGCCAACGUACUGCGCCUGUUUGACAUCCCUCAGAUCAGCUACGCCUCGACGGCCCCGGAGCUGAGCGACUCGACGCGCUACAACUUCUUCUCCCGGGUGGUGCCGCCCGACUCCAUGCAGGCGCAGGCCAUGGUGGACAUCGUCAAGGCGAUGGGGUGGAACUACGUCAGCACCAUCGCCUCCGAGGGGAACUACGGAGAGAGCGGCGUCGACGCCUUUCAGCAGAUCUCCAGAGAAACAGGAGGUUUGUGUAUUGCCCAGUCCAUCAGGAUCCCAAGGGAGCCGAGGGAGGGCGAGUUUGAGAAGAUCAUCAAGCGGCUGAUGGAGACGUCUAACGCCAGAGGCGUCAUUAUCUUCGCCAACGAGGACGACAUCAAGCGCGUGCUAGAGGCGGCUAAGGCGGCCAACCUGACGGGUCACUUCCUGUUUGUGGGCUCGGACAGCUGGGGUUCUAAGAGCUCGCCCAUCCUGAACCAGGAAGAGGUGGCCGAGGGCGCCGUCACCAUCCUGCCCAAACGCGCCUCCAUCGACGGCUUUGACGAUUACUUCACCACACGUUCUUUGGAGAACAACCGACGGAACAUCUGGUUCGCUGAGUUCUGGGAGGAGGACUUCAAAUGCAAACUGACCCGACCUGGUGGGAAGCUGGGGGCCGGGCAGAGGAAAUGUACAGGCGAGGAGCGUAUCAGCCGUGACUCCCCGUACGAGCAGGAGGGGAAGGUGCAGUUUGUGAUCGACGCGGUGUACGCCAUGGCGUACGCGCUGCACAGCAUGCACCUGGACCUGUGCCCCGGCUCAGCGGGCGUCUGCGAGCGCAUGGACCCUGUGGAGGGCGCGCUGCUGCUCUCCUACAUCAGGACCGUCAACUUCAACGGUAGUGCCGGUACAGCGGUCAUGUUUAAUGAGAACGGUGACGCUCCAGGACGCUAUGACAUAUUCCAGUACCAGAUGUCCAACACAACCAAUCCCGGCUACAAGGCCAUCGGCCAGUGGACCAAUCACCUGCGACUCAACGUGGAGGAGAUGCAGUGGUCGGGCGGAGACCGGCAGGUGCCGGACUCGGUGUGCAGCUUCCCGUGCGAGCCGGGCGAGAGGAAGAGGAUGGUGAAGGGCGUUCCGUGCUGCUGGCACUGCGAGCUGUGCGACGGCUACUCCUACCUGUUCGACGAGUUCAACUGCGACACCUGCCCCUUCGACAUGCGGCCCAAUCAGAACCGCUCCGGCUGCCGGCCCACGCCCAUCAUCAAGCUGGAGUGGAGCUCGCCCUGGGCCAUCAUCCCUGUCUUCCUGGCCGUGCUGGGUAUCCUAGCGACCACCGGCGUCAUCGGCACCUUCGUGCGCUUCAACGACACGCCCAUCGUGCGCGCGUCCGGCCGCGAGCUGAGCUACGUGCUGCUGACCGGCAUCUUCCUCAUCUACCUCAUCACCUUCCUCAUGAUCGCCGAGCCGGGCGCGGCCGUGUGUGGGUUCCGGCGCCUCCUGCUGGGCCUCGGCAUGAGCAUCAGCUACUCCGCCAUGCUCACCAAGACCAAUCGCAUCUACCGAAUCUUCGAGCAGGGCAAGAAGUCCGUCACGCCGCCCAAGUUCAUCAGCCCCGGCUCACAGAUCAUCAUCACCUUCAUCCUCAUCUCCGUGCAGGUGCUGGCGGUGUUCAUCUGGUUCGCCGUGGUGCCCCCCCACUCCUACGUGGACUUUGAGGAGCUGCGGCCCCCCAACCCUGAGCAGGCGCGGGGCAUCCUGAAGUGUGACAUGUCGGACGUGUCGCUCAUCUGCUGCCUGAGCUACAGCAUGGUGCUCAUGGUGACCUGCACCGUCUACGCCAUCAAGAGCCGCGGCGUGCCCGAGACCUUCAACGAGGCCAAGCCCAUCGGAUUCACCAUGUACACCACCUGCAUCGUCUGGCUCGCAUUCGUACCCAUCUUCUUCGGAACAGCACAGUCCGCUCAGAAGAUGUUCAUCCAGACCACGACGCUGACGGUGUCGAUGAGCUUGAGUGCGACGGUGUCUCUGGGCAUGCUGUACAUUCCUAAGGUCUACACCAUCAUCUUCCACCCCGAGCAGAACGUGCAGAAACGCAAGCAGGAGAACAAGUCCGUCGCCGCCCCCCCGCCCGCCCCCGCCCCCGCCAACGACAAGCAGAACGGAGCCAAGAUAAUGCCCGACCGCUCCCAGUAG